GCCGAUGAUCGUAGUGUCAAAAUUUGGGAUUAUCAGACCAAAUCCAUUGUGCACUCAUUGGAGGGACACACCCACAAUGUCUGUGCCGUCAUGUUUCAUCCCAAGCUUCCCAUUAUUGCCAGUGCUAGUGAGGAUGGAACCAUUCGUAUCUGGCAAAGUACGACCUACCGUGCCGAAACCACCCUCAACUACGGAAUGGAACGUGCUUGGGCUCUCGCAGCCAGUCCAGACUCCAACAAAUUGGCCAUUGGAUUCGACGAAGGUUGUGUCUGCAUUGAACUCGGUAGUGAUGAUCCAGUCGCCAGUAUGGAUACCACUGGUAAGGUUGUGUGGGCCAUGAACAAUGAAAUCAAGACUGCCUCGGUUCGUGGUGUCGUAGGAAGUGGUGACGACGCCUUGCCCGACGGUGAACGCCUUCCGGUUGUCCCUCGUGACUUGGGAGCAUGUGACCUCUACCCCCAAAUGUUGAAACACAAUUGCAAUGGUCGUUUUGUCGCUGUUUGCGGUGACGGUGAAUUCAUCAUUUACACUGCCCAGGCACUUCGUAACAAGGCAUUCGGUCAGGCAUUGGAUUUUGUCUGGAGUGGCAGCGGAACUGGCGACUAUGCUAUUCGUGAAUCUGUCAACCGCAUCAAGGUUUUCAAGAAUUUUAAUGAAUCCAAGGUGAUUGUCCCUGCCACUGCUUCUGCCGAAGGGUUGUUUGGUGGUCAAAUGAUCGGAGUCAAGGGUGGAGAUGGCGCUGUUCUGUUCUACGACUGGGAGAGCGGAGAGUUUGUUCGCAAGAUUGACGUUACUCCCAAAGCUGUCUACUGGAGUGACGCCGGCAACAUGGUCUUGUUGGCUUGUGAAGAAUCUGCCUAUGUCUUGUCUCACAAUGCCACCGUGACGGCUCAAGCCAUUGCCAUGGGGCAAGUGUCACCCGAGGACGGAAUCGAUGGAAGUUUCGAUUUGCUUUAUGAGAUCAGUGACACCAUUACCAGCGGAAAGUGGGUUGGUGAUUGUUUCCUCUAUGUCAACAAUGUUGGACGUCUGAAGUACAGCGUUGGUGGGCAAAUUGAAACUCUUGUCCACUUGGAUACCAAUUCUGGUGGAGCUACGCAGCACACUGUUCUGGGUUACUUGGCCAAGGAAGACCGAGUCUAUUUGAUCGACAAAUCGCUCAACAUUGUUUCCUACUGUGUCAUGUUGGCUGUGUUGCAGUACCAGACUGCCGUGAUGCGUGGGGAUUUCGAUGCUGCCAACGAACUACUUCCCAACAUCCCCGAGUCGGAGUACACCAAGGUUGCCAGAUUCUUGGAGUCCCAGGGAUUCAAAGAGGAAGCCUUGGAGGUCACUACAGAUCCCGACCAUAAGUUUGAUUUGUCGCUCGAGUUGGGAAAAACGGACCAGGCUCAUGCAAUCCUUUUGGAGACUCCUGAGGAAGACAAGGAUUCGACUGACACAGAAACAAAAUGGAAGCGUCUCAGUGAUGCCGCUCUGAAGGAUACCAACCUGGAUCUUUGUGAAGCUGCUAGCAUUGCUUCCAAUGACUUUUCGGAUCUGUUACUUCUCUACUCGGCAACUGGAAAUGUGUCUGGUAUGGCGAAGCUGGCCAAACUUGCUGCUGACAAUGGAAGGACCAAUGUUGCCUUUGUGGCUUAUUUGUUGACCAGCAAUGUUGAAGCCUGCGCUGAUCUUCUCAUUGCCACUCACCGCCUACCCGAAGCGGCCUUCUUUGCGCGCACCUACUUGCCAUCUCGAAUGGACGAAGUUGUGGCAUUGUGGAAGACUGAUCUUGCUUCGGUGAGUGAGACAGCAGCAAAGGCUCUGGCCAGUCCCUCGGAGAAUGCCGAUUUCUUUCCCGACUUGAGCAUUGCUUUGCAAGUGGAACAGAUGUUUUUGGCCCAAAGGGCGGGAACCAAGGCUACUGGCAUUCCCGCAGCAGACUAUAUGACUGCCAAGGACGAUUUGGAUCUGAAUUUGAUUGAGCUGAUUAAGCAACGUGAUGCACCACAACCUACUCCUGAAGAGAUUGCUGCAGCUGAGGCAGCCGCUGCCCAUGCACAAGCGGAAGCGCAGGCAGCCGCCGAGGGUGCAGCUGCGGAACAAGCCGCAGCCGCGGAACAGGCCAAAAUGGAAGCUGAGGCUGCUGCAGCUGCUCAGGCGGAAGCAGAAGCCAAAGCGGCGGCAGAGGCUGCUGCAGCUCAAAAGAUGGAAGAUAGUGGAAACGAUUUUGGUGAUGAUUGGUAG